AUGGCCAUCACGCCCCGGCACCUGCACCAGUGCCUACGCAGUCAGCAAGUUCUCCUAGCAAUGGUGGUACUGGUGCUGACCAUGCACUGGCGCCAGGUCAUCAUGGCCGCCAUGCAUCAGCUCCGGCGGCGCCAGGUCAUCACGGGCACCACAGCCGACAUGCAUCAGCACCUGCGCCAGGUCAUCAUGGUCACCACGAUCGCCAUACAUCAGCACCGGAGCCAGGUCACCAUGGCCACAACGACCAUCACAGUCAUCAUAGCCAUCAUGCCCAAGCGCCAGCGCCGGACCAUCGUGGCCAUCACGCCCACCGCAAUCAUGCCCCAACACCAUCGCCGGUCCACGCUGACCAGCCACCGCACGCUCUGCACCACCCUCGGCAUCACGCUCCAUCUCCGGUUCCUGCUCCUGUUCAUGGCACACAAGCCGGUCAGGAUCAGAGCUCCUAGUUGCAAAUGA